UUUGUUGCAGAAAAACCCCAUGUCCCAAAAUUUGGGGACUGGGACAGUGACAACAUAUCAUACACUGCAUGUUUUGAGAGCGCUCGUAAAAAUGGAGUGAAGGGAAAUCCAAAUGAUCCCGAAGACAACCCAGAGGCCUUCAAGAGCAUGCUUGAGUCCUCCGCCGCACAACCUCCUUACAUAUCCACGAGUUCGAGCAGCAAACCACAAACCUCAAGCGAAAAAGUCCGCCAAACUGAAAGAGACAGUAGCCACCGUGCGUAUCAGCGACAUGGCAUUGCGCAUGAGCAUAGGGUUUCUGGAGGGAGCCGCAAGAGUUACGCAUCGGGGUCUGGCAGCGAAAGGAGCAGCUCUGAUUAUUCGCUCUUGCAGCAACAACCGAGACACCACCGUGAGAGAUCUGAUAGAAAAAGUAGCUUGGCUUCAUCAGGAAGUGAUCGUAGUCAUAGCGCUUCCAAUUCCCAGAGCAAGCCUAAAAGUACCGGCAGUAGCACUCAUCAGUCCAGUAAUCUUAGUCAACACGAUACUCAUACUAGAGUUGCUUCAAUACCCAAAUUUGGGGAUUGGGAUGAAAACGAUCCCCAAUCUGGUGAAGGUUUUACUUAUAUAUUUGAACGAGUGAAAGAAGAAAAGAAAACUGCAUCAAAGUUCCCAAAUGUGCCUCAGCAACCACGCAACAAUCUCAACAGCGCGAAUAAACGUGGAAAAUCGCCUUCCAAAUCAAAGAGUUGGUGCUGCAUAUUUUCAAGUAAAUAGGGCAAUGACAUGGAGAUGAUCAUGCUUUGGUCCUUUUAUGGCAAGAUAAAGAAACUCAAUUAUUCUCUAGUUUCUCUGAGACCGGACAGUUUAUUAUUUUUUUCUUUUUUUUUUAAUGAAAAUUUCGUCGUCGCUACUGAGUAAUAAGUAAUUGUUCAAUUUUUGUGCAACAAUUAUUCCUGAUUGUUAUGUGUUUAAUUUUCUUUG